CAAAAUCCAAAAACCAUCUACAGUCUUUUCUUGCCUUUCUUCUUCCGCCUUCUUCUUCUUCAGAAGGGUCGCAACACCAAAAUCGGAGAAAGUAACUUGUCUUCCGAUUCCUCAUUCUCACUCCUGGGUCGUCCCAACCAUCCAAUGACUCGAUAACCUUCUCGUUUUAGUUUUUGCUGCUUCUUUCAGUAAAUGGUCUCUUCUGAACUCGUCUAUGGCUGACAAGGAUUUUAUAUAAAAAAAAGUAGAGAUUAGAACUGAAGUUGACAGACUUUCAUGACCUGUUGUUAGCAAUCUUAGCUUAAGAUUCGCACAUGAAGAAACUAUUCUUUUUCAGAUCAUCUGCCACUGGCAAUAGAACCUCAAAUAAUAAAGAGUUUCCUCAAUCUUUAAAACAAGAAGAAACUUACGGUGAGAAUCCAUCAUCAAGUCAAGCCAAUUACAUGGCUGAGAGUAGUUUUCCAAGUCCCAGAGGCUUGUUUUCCAAGUCUCGGAAGCAAGUAUCCGAAAUUCAGAAUUCAAGUAAUACCCCAGCUCUUAGAAGGUGUCGUUCUAUGUCAUCAGCAGCCUUUCUUGGUGUUGAGCCAGCACAAAGUGACUUCUCUACCCCCAGAAAUCACAGUAGAUCUCCCACUUCUAGUGUAAGGAGUGGUGUCCCUCAUCAGCAUAGUAAUCAUUCAUUUCGCUCUCUUACACCGGAGAGGCGAACAACCAAGCGUUUUGUGUUGCCAGCUUCGCAGAAUACGCAUGGUGCAGGGAGACCUGGUUCAGCUUGCUCUUCUAAGAAGCACCAUGAUUCCUCAGGAAGCUCAUCCACUUCCUCCAGUAAUCUCUCAAGUAAAAUUGUGGAUCGUUACAUUGAUGGGGAGCAACAGCAGGAACAGAGCAGACCUGAGCACAAUGCUCAGGGGAAUUUCGCUGGAAGUAGCGGCAAUGGGGGCAGCUGGCGUCCUCCACGCGUGCAGUAUGCCUCUCCUUCUUCUCCAGCAGAAAGUGUCAAAGAUAAAGAAAGAGGUCAUUCAUUUAGAGAAGCCAAAAGCUCUCGUCUUCGUUUCUCCUCCAGAGAUUGGGCUGAAUAUGGAUUUGGGCAUGAGUCACCCCGCAGACUUGCGAAGAAUGUUGUUGAGAGACUUUCACAAUCUCGUGUUCAGGAAACUAGUCAAAAGGAGAUUGACUACGACAUGCCAGUUACAAUUGAAGACAUUUAUGGUGGAUCCUUGAAUUUUGAUGCUAAUUCUGACAUAGUUCCUCAGAGAAAUUAUUCACUGGAUGAACCUUGUGAAACGAUUAAAAAAUAUCAUGGGGAGGAUGAUUACCCAUACUUCCAAAAUAAAGUGGUUGAGGAUCAUUGUGAGGGUUUAAAUUCCAAAGAAUCUAUGGAGGAAAUGGAUGAGCACUUAAGGAAAAGAUCCAAGGAAGCUGAAGAGAGGCUCAUGGUUCUAUCUGAAGAACUUGAGCAACAAAACUUUCUACAUGGAAGCGGGUUUGAUGUGCAAUCUUUGAUUCAGAAAAUUAGGAACCUUGCUGAGGAAAGAGUAAGCUUGGCACUUGAUGUUUCAAGCCUUCUGCAUUCACAAAUUGCUGAACGGGCUUCUUUCAAGGAAGAACUUAGACAUGUAAAAGAAGACCAGAAAUGCCAAACGAGAAGACUAGAGAAGGAAAAAAAUGAGUUACAAUCAGCACUGGAGAGGGAGAUAGACAGGAGGUCCAAUGAGUGGUCAAGUAAGCUUGAGAAAUAUCAGUCGGAGGAACAAAGGCUUCGUGAGCGAGUUAGAGAGCUUGCGGAGCAAAAUGUAUCACUUCAAAGGGAAGUCUCAACUUUUAAUGAGAGGGAUGCAGAGAGCAGGAGCAAGAUCACCUAUUUUGAGCAACAAUGCACGGACCUGACUAAAAGGGUGGAUAGCAUGAAAGAGGAAAAUCAAGAUCUUCAAAAGAAUCUUACAGAAUAUCAAGAGAACUAUAGAGCGGCAGAAGAAAACCGUCUUUGUGUCCAAAAGAACCUUGAAAACAAGGAGAGAGAGUGCAGGGAACUACACAAGUCUAUUACAAGACUAUUAAGAACCUGCAAUGAACAAGAGAAGACAAUUGUUGGUUUACGAGAAGCUUUUGAUGAGGAACUGGGGAAGAGCCAGCAGUCAGAAAAUUUAGAUAAGCAUGUGGCAAGGUUGCGAAUGGAGCAAAUUAGAUUGACUGGUGUGGAGGUGGCCUUGAGAAAUGAGUUGGAGACUUUAAGGCUUGAAGUGGAUUCUCUUCGAUGUGAGAAUAUGAAUAUAUUAACCAGGUUAAAAGGCAAUGGAAGAGAAGGUGGUGCUUUAACUAUUCAGCUAGAUAAGGAAAUGUGGACUCGUAUUUGUUGUUUACAAAAUCAAGGACUGUCAAUGUUAAAUGAAAAUUCACAGUUGUGCUCAAAAUUACUUGAAUUUGUCAAAGGCAGAAUUUCCCAGUGUGCAGACACAAAGCAGGGAAACGAAGUUAUCAAGCAUGGUCUAGAUGGGCACUUUCUUAUGGAAUCUGAAAUGAAAGUUCAAGGAAUGAGACGUGAGAUUGAAAACUUAUCAAGGAGUUUGCAAACAAUCUCCGGUUUGUUGGAUGACAAGUCCAAACUAACAGCUUCUCUAUUUCAACUGAAGAACAAUGACGCAAAUGGUUCAGUGCACUCAAAUUGGCAUACUCCAGAGGACCUAAUAAAAUAUGAACUCAAAGCGGAAACUUUGUUAACAAGUGUAUUGAGAGAAAAAUUAUAUUCUAAAGAACAGGAGGUUGAACAGUUGCAAGCCGAGCUUGCAACAGCUGUAAGAGGUACCGAUAUACUUCAAUGUGAAGUACAAAAUGCAAUGGACAACGCUGCCUUCGUCGCCCACAAAUUGAAAGAUCUUGAACUUCAGAUGCUCAAGAAGGAUGAUACUCUUAAAGGUAUCCAAACUGAUUUUCAAGAAUCUACCAAGGAGUUGACCGUUAUGCGGGGGAUGCUGCCAAAAAUCUCUGCAGAGAGAGAUUUGAUGUGGAAUGAGGUGAAGCAAUACAGUGAAAAAAAUAUGCUUUUGAACUCUGAGGUUAAUGUUCUGAAAAAGAAGUUAGAAUCCCUCGAUGAAGAGAUACUUCUAAAGGAUGGUCAGAUCACAAUCCUAAAAGACACCAUAGGGAAGAAGAAACCUUUCGACCUCCUAUCCAGUCCUGACUCAACCCCAGACUUUUGUCUCCAAUAAUAACUAUACUUGUUGAUGGUUCUAUACUUUUGAGUUUUUGUCAAGUAAGAAGUGAAGAAAAUAAUUUUCAUGAUUCUUUUGUAACUGAUCAGUUUCAUACUUGUAUGUAGUUUGUUUACUUGAGACGAUCAAGUAAUUGUGUUUCUGCAAUGUGUCAAUGAAUGUGUUGAUUCAUUUUUUAAAGCUCUUUUUAAGUCAUUUAUUUUUACUAGUUACUCAUUUGUAUUGGGAAAAUCAAUGAUAUAUGAAAUGGGAUGUUUGCAUUAAAUGA